AUGUUCGAAAUUGUAACAGAUGCGGAUGGCAACCCCAUUCGAAAUUCCAUGGGACAUUUUCUUAUCGUCAAGAAAGGUACUGACCAGCAGUUUUGGUUGCCUGAGGAUCAAAUUCAACUUGAGGAAAAUAGGACUGAUGAGAGACUGACUGAGAAAAAAGACAAUAUGUCAGCUGAGGAUAACUUGGAGAUUAGAGAUAGGGCAGGUCCAAGUUCCUGCUCUCAAUCAUCAAAAGAUGAACCUUUUAUCUGGAGUGAGAGAGCGGUAUUGCUCCUCUUGGAACAAUACGAAUGCCAUGUAGAAGAGUUCAAAAAAAACUUGAGGCACGAAAGAAUAUGGAGUUCUAUUGCUGCCCAACUGAUAGAGAAAGGUCAUUUGGUCAAUGGCAGACAAUGUUCUAUAAAGUGGACAGGUCUAAAAAGGACUUACAAAAAUAUUAAGGAUCAAAAAGACAGAUCAGGUGCUAGUGCUGUUUCUUGGCCAUUUUAUUCUGCAAUGACUACAUUGCUAGGGGACAAGGCCUACAUGAAGCCGGUGGCCUUAGCGAGUUCCACAGGACAACCAAAAAAUUUAACAGGAGAUUGUUCCAAAGGUGUGUACAUUAUAAGUUUGAAACCACCUCAAAAGAAAAUGAAACCUAUGAAAAAGGACGCGGUUUUAAAAGAACUCACUGACAGAACUAACAAGCUGCAAGAAUCAAUAAAUAAACAGAAUAUUAAAAGACAUAGGGAGAAAGCAGAAAGAGAGGAAAGAAAGGCCAAGCAGCACGCAGAAAAAAUGGAAAUGCAAAGGGCCUUCUUAGACAUCUUUAAAAAGAUGGCAGAGAAAUAAUUUUUAUUGCUCGUUACUUUUGUUAAGUGACUUUUGACUUUCUUUAACCUUUAUAUUAGAGUUCCUUUUUUUG